UUCUGAAUUUUACUUAGGAACAGAGUUCAAGGUUUGGUGCCUACAAAUUUUGAGAAUUUAGAACAUUUUUACAUUGAAGUUUACCAGAAUUAGUGUACUUAACUCUUUGUUCAGGUUAUGGACAACAGGAUGAUUUCUUCAUAAAAUGACAAAGAGCUUUGAAGGUAGUGGUGGUAACAAGUUGAUGUUUAUUUUAUAUUUUCUUUCUUGACAAGAGUGAGGGUAAAGAAUCGUUUGGCUGCUUAUUAAUGCUUUCUUGCUUUAAUCCUAUUUUAUAUGUCAUAUGCAAGAUUUCUUUGAUAGAGAUUUGAUAGACAUGCUCCUUGUCUAAAAAAUUCAUAAUUGCAUUCUCCUUAACUCAUCUCUUCGAACUCAGAAUAUUGCUCAUUGAGAAAGAGUCUAUUGAACCAAAUGAUUUAGAUGAUGUAUCGAUUGUCAGGUUCACUUUAGAACUAAAGUACUUCUUAAGCUGGCUGGGUUUUGUAAUGUACUUGUUUUUCAGCCUUAUAUUUUGACCAACGGUCUCACUUUUAUACUUGGACAAAGAUCCUGGAUUAUGGCCUAUUUAUUUAUAUCUUUCUAAUACUAGUUUGAACCAACUAAAGCCACCCAGAGAAGAAAUAAUCAUAUACUAAUUUUCCUUCACCCAAAUUGGUGCCAGUUGAGGAACCUAAAUAUAUGAUCUUCAAUCAAAACAUUUCUAAUCUAACAAAUACUCCAAUACACCUCCAAACAAUUUUCAAUAACCACACCCCAAUGAGACCCUCUGCUCCCCUUAUACCCACCCCAAAACGCACUAUCCCACUUCUCUCCUAACCCCUCCUUCCCUUUGUUCCUCCCCCCUUUGUCGCCCUUCCCAUUUCUUUGAUAAGCUUGUAGUGAUAAGGAUCAGCUGCUGAUUGUUGGAAACUAGCGGAGGAAGGAUGUGUAGAGGGGAACAGGGGAGGGGUUAAGGAGGAGGGUAGGGAGGUUUGGGUGUUUGAGGGAAGGAAAAGAAGGGGUGGGAGUAUUAGGAUGGUAAAGUCAGAGGGAUUAUAUAUAGCCAAAAGUGUGUACAAAAGCUAAUUUAGAAGUUAUUCACUAUCUUAAAAGAUUGGGUUAGCCAGAAGAUGAAGUAAUGUAAAUAAACAAGGCUACUAUAGAGAAGAAUUUGAUACCUUUCUCCUCUAGUAGAGGAAGUUCUGAUUCGUAUUGACUUCUAAUAGGGCAUUUUUGUUGUUUUCCUUUUGUUUC